AUGGAAAAGAGAGAGAAAAGUCACUAUAAGAAUAAACUUGUUACAGGCGAUUACGUGGAAUGUCAGAAAGCCCUGUCUCGUUUCAUCAAAGAAGGUGACAAUCAAAAAGCGGACGAUCUUUUGAACCUUAUUCAGAACUACAACCGUACUGAUAUUCUAGUCAAAUAUCGCGAAAAUGAAGAUGAAACGUUUCUACAUACGGCCGCAAAAUAUCAAGACGAUGAUAUCAUGGUCCAACGACUUGCCAGAGUAUGUCCACAACUUCUUACUCAGGCGAGGGAAAACUCGGAAGAUUAUAAGGGACAGACUGCCUUCCAUAUAGCAAUAACCAAGGGCAACGAACAAGCUGUUGAAACUAUGCUUGUACAGGCGAAGCAGGCACAAUCCACUGAUCUCUUAAAGAGGAUGAUUUAUACAGAGGCAACUGGAGCGCGGUUUGUAAAUACAGUGAUGAUGGGUGGAAUACCCCUCAGCGUCGCAGCUUUAGCAUUUUAUGAAGGUAUAGUUACAACUUUAAUUGAAAAUGAUGCUGAAAUAGAAUUUGCAAACGUAGACGGUGAUACUGUAUUCCAUUCCUUGAUUAAGUAUGCUGCCAUAUAUCCUGAAAAAGUCAUUGAUGUGGUGUCAAUGCUCAGACACCUCCAGGAAGAACUGAUGAAUAAAGGGAUAACAGAGCAUAUGUUUUCAGAUGAUACCGAAAGUCUAAAGUAUAGAUACCAAUACACGUAUGUGUGGUUCAUAAGAAAUAAGGAACAUCUCAGUCCACUACAGCUAGCAGCUAAACAUGGCGUCGUGGAAGCAUUCAAUUUCAUCAUGAAUCUGGAAAACGUCUACUGUUUCUUUAGCACGCACGAUGGUCUGUUUGACAUUAAAAUGUAUGACGUUACAGAGGUAGACUCACUUGCAAAUGUAAGAGCAGCUGCCUCAAAUUAUGGCCAAAUGAAGAAGUCGCUUAGCCGCGGAACCGUGAUUCCAAAAUGGGAAGGAAUUGCUAGCAAACAAUUGCGGAAGUCCAAACAGCAGUAUGUGACAUGCUGCAGUGAUUACCCAAAGACAGAAAGCAUUUUAGAAAUGAUGUUCAACAACAGCUACCAUUCCAAAGACGCUUUCCGACUGAUAGAAAUGCCGCCCGUGAAGAAUCUAGUUCGUGCCAAGUGGACAUUUUAUAGAUGGAUUUACUACAUCUGGUUUUGUUUCCAUGUACUUUUUAUCGUUGGUCUAACAGGGUAUGCUGUUUUAAGGCCACAAAUAUUCUUCAACACAUCCGGCAAAUCUCGGGCAGAUCGAGAAGCCGAUAACCCGCAGGUGAAUUACUUUGUCAAUGUAUUCCACUGGUUAACAUUUGUUUGUGGUUUGCUCUACGUUGCAGUAUCAGUUCUACUUUUUGUGCCAAAAUUCCGCCGCUCUAAUUCCCGUCAGUAUUUCCUACAUAAUCUGGAAUAUAUAGUGAUUCUUUCUGUUCAUUCAAGUUGUAUUAUCGUAGAUACAUUCAUGACAGCUUCAGACGAUUCUCACGAUGGUAUACCACUCAUUAUCGCUUUGAUUACUGGUUGGUGGUUCACGAUAUUCUUUCUGCGACCACAGAGGAUAUUCAGCUUCUUCACGGAGAUGAUUAAACGAGUGAUAAUUGGAGAUUUAUUCAGAUUCGGUAUCGUGUUGCUAUUUGAACUAAUUUCCUUCACAGCAGCAUUACAUAUCCUCUUUCAAGUGGAUGUUACUCCGAAUGGUGACGGUGACGUUGUCCAGAACGAAUACUCGUCCUACUGGACAACCAUGUUGAUGAUGUUCAAACUUAUGCUCGGUCUUGGAGACAUCGAGUCUCUGUUCGAAUCCCGCGUGCCUUGGUUGUCUGUUGCACUAUUUGUUGUAUUUGUAAUACUUUCCUAUGUCCUUCUGCUGAAUGCCCUGAUCGCCAUGAUGUCACAGACUUGUGCUAUCGUUCUUGAAGACAGAUAUCCGCAGUGGCGAGUACAACAACUAUCUGUGAUUUUGUUUCUGGAAGACAUUUUUUGUUUAUGUUGUCUAAAUAAAAUUUUACCUUGUCAUGCAGAACCUAGGGAGAUACGCGGGUUUGAUACUGCUACAAAGCAAAACAAAUCUGAUAAACGUUUUCUCUUUGAAAUACAUUCCCUGCAAAUGACAUAUGCUACUGAGGAAGAUAAAUCAGGAUUAGUUAAAACUGCAGCGCAAGGGGUAGCAAAUGUGACAGCUCAUUACGAUUUGGAUGCACGUAUGAAUACUAUGAGUUUCAGACCUUUGAGUCCGAUACAUAGAGCAACUUCAUCUUUCAUGAGCACAAGAAGAACCCGCCCUGGCAUGUUUAUCGACACGAAAUCUCCAAUGAAACCUACGAGACGAAAUUUGGAUGUUUUAGAAGAAGAAGCAGAAGAAGCAGAAAUAGAUACCCUUCCAAGGAAAAGAAAACAGGCCAACUUUCUAAACCAUCUGCCAGAAAUUGUACAAAGUGGACACAGCCCACGUUUACAGAAAAAACAAAGCUCUAAGCGUAAGAGACACAAAUCGGAAAACUUACACGAAAAGAAACCAUCCUCACCUACGAUGGUAAACCCUGAAUCUAAUGGUUCGAUGUAUGCUUCAGCCCCGGAAGGUCUGCCUAUCGUUGGGAAAGGUCGAGAGAUAGAUAUUCAAACCGUUCGUCCCUCACAUGUUUAG